AUGAACCAACACGAAAUGGAACUGGCUAAUUUUUUUGCUCAAUACAUGAGAGACCACCCUGAAGCUGAUGGGCCCGAAGUAUUACAAAAGUACUAUGAGUCAAAGCAAGGAAAUGCUCAUUUGCCAGAAACCCAGUUGCGUGGUGGAGUCGAGGUGCAGAAAUCUAACGAAAAUUAUACU